AUGCUGCUCAUUACACAUUUUCAAACACAGGUUUCUAGUCAGCAGCAGUGUUUACCAUUAAAUGGUGCUGGGAAGCAUGGGCAGCAGUGUUUACCAUUAAAUGGUGCUGGGAAGCAUGGGCAGCAGUGUUUACCAUUAAAUGGUGCUGGGAAGCAUGGGCAGCAGUGUUUACCAUUAAAUGGUGCUGGGAAGCAUGGGCAGCAGUGUUUACCAUUAAAUGGUGCUGGGAAGCAUGGGCAGCAGUGUUUACCAUUAAAUGGUGCUGGGAAGCAUGGGCAGCAGUGUUUACCAUUAAAUGGUGCUGGGAAGCAUGGGCAGCAGUGUUUACCAUUAAAUGGUGCUGGGAAGCAUGGGCAGCAGUGUUUACCAUUAAAUGGUGCUGGGAAGCAUGGGCAGCAGUGUUUACCAUUAAAUGGUGCUGGGAAGCAUGGGCAGCAGUGUUUACCAUUAAAUGGUGCUGGGAAGCAUGGGCAGCAGUGUUUACCAUUAAAUGGUGCUGGGAAGCAUGGGCAGCAGUGUUUACCAUUAAAUGGUGCUGGGAAGCAUGGGCAGCAGUGUUUACCAUUAAAUGGUGCUGGGAAGCAUGGGCAGCAGUGUUUACCAUUAAAUGGUGCUGGGAAGCAUGGGCAGCAGUGUUUACCAUUAAAUGGUGCUGGGAAGCAUGGGCAGCAGUGUUUACCAUUAAAUGGUGCUGGGAAGCAUGGGCAGCAGUGUUUACCAUUAAAUGGUGCUGGGAAGCAUGGGCAGCAGUGUUUACCAUUAAAUGGUGCUGGGAAGCAUGGGCAGCAGUGUUUACCAUUAAAUGGUGCUGGGAAGCAUGGGCAGCAGUGUUUACCAUUAAAUGGUGCUGGGAAGCAUGGGCAGCAGUGUUUACCAUUAAAUGGUGCUGGGAAGCAUGGGCAGCAGUGUUUACCAUUAAAUGGUGCUGGGAAGCAUGGGCAGCAGUGUUUACCAUUAAAUGGUGCUGGGAAGCAUGGGCAGCAGUGUUUACCAUUAAAUGGUGCUGGGAAGCAUGGGCAGCAGUGUUUACCAUUAAAUGGUGCUGGGAAGCAUGGGCAGCAGUGUUUACCAUUAAAUGGUGCUGGGAAGCAUGGGCAGCAGUGUUUACCAUUAAAUGGUGCUGGGAAGCAUGGGCAGCAGUGUUUACCAUUAAAUGGUGCUGGGAAGCAUGGGCAGCAGUGUUUACCAUUAAAUGGUGCUGGGAAGCAUGGGCAGCAGUGUUUACCAUUAAAUGGUGCUGGGAAGCAUGGGCAGCAGUGUUUACCAUUAAAUGGUGCUGGGAAGCAUGGGCAGCAGUGUUUACCAUUAAAUGGUGCUGGGAAGCAUGGGCAGCAGUGUUUACCAUUAAAUGGUGCUGGGAAGCAUGGGCAGCAGUGUUUACCAUUAAAUGGUGCUGGGAAGCAUGGGCAGCAGUGUUUACCAUUAAAUGGUGCUGGGAAGCAUGGGCAGCAGUGUUUACCAUUAAAUGGUGCUGGGAAGCAUGGGCAGCAGUGUUUACCAUUAAAUGGUGCUGGGAAGCAUGGGCAGCAGUGUUUACCAUUAAAUGGUGCUGGGAAGCAUGGGCAGCAGUGUUUACCAUUAAAUGGUGCUGGGAAGCAUGGGCAGCAGUGUUUACCAUUAAAUGGUGCUGGGAAGCAUGGGCAGCAGUGUUUACCAUUAAAUGGUGCUGGGAAGCAUGGGCAGCAGUGUUUACCAUUAAAUGGUGCUGGGAAGCAUGGGCAGCAGUGUUUACCAUUAAAUGGUGCUGGGAAGCAUGGGCAGCAGUGUUUACCAUUAAAUGGUGCUGGGAAGCAUGGGCAGCAGUGUUUACCAUUAAAUGGUGCUGGGAAGCAUGGGCAGCAGUGUUUACCAUUAAAUGGUGCUGGGAAGCAUGGGCAGCAGUGUUUACCAUUAAAUGGUGCUGGGAAGCAUGGGCAGCAGUGUUUACCAUUAAAUGGUGCUGGGAAGCAUGGGCAGCAGUGUUUACCAUUAAAUGGUGCUGGGAAGCAUGGGCAGCAGUGUUUACCAUUAAAUGGUGCUGGGAAGCAUGGGCAGCAGUGUUUACCAUUAAAUGGUGCUGGGAAGCAUGGGCAGCAGUGUUUACCAUUAAAUGGUGCUGGGAAGCAUGGGCAGCAGUGUUUACCAUUAAAUGGUGCUGGGAAGCAUGGGCAGCAGUGUUUACCAUUAAAUGGUGCUGGGAAGCAUGGGCAGCAGUGUUUACCAUUAAAUGGUGCUGGGAAGCAUGGGCAGCAGUGUUUACCAUUAAAUGGUGCUGGGAAGCAUGGGCAGCAGUGUUUACCAUUAAAUGGUGCUGGGAAGCAUGGGCAGCAGUGUUUACCAUUAAAUGGUGCUGGGAAGCAUGGGCAGCAGUGUUUACCAUUAAAUGGUGCUGGGAAGCAUGGGCAGCAGUGUUUACCAUUAAAUGGUGCUGGGAAGCAUGGGCAGCAGUGUUUACCAUUAAAUGGUGCUGGGAAGCAUGGGCAGCAGUGUUUACCAUUAAAUGGUGCUGGGAAGCAUGGGCAGCAGUGUUUACCAUUAAAUGGUGCUGGGAAGCAUGGGCAGCAGUGUUUACCAUUAAAUGGUGCUGGGAAGCAUGGGCAGCAGUGUUUACCAUUAAAUGGUGCUGGGAAGCAUGGGCAGCAGUGUUUACCAUUAAAUGGUGCUGGGAAGCAUGGGCAGCAGUGUUUACCAUUAAAUGGUGCUGGGAAGCAUGGGCAGCAGUGUUUACCAUUAAAUGGUGCUGGGAAGCAUGGGCAGCAGUGUUUACCAUUAAAUGGUGCUGGGAAGCAUGGGCAGCAGUGUUUACCAUUAAAUGGUGCUGGGAAGCAUGGGCAGCAGUGUUUACCAUUAAAUGGUGCUGGGAAGCAUGGGCAGCAGUGUUUACCAUUAAAUGGUGCUGGGAAGCAUGGGCAGCAGUGUUUACCAUUAAAUGGUGCUGGGAAGCAUGGGCAGCAGUGUUUACCAUUAAAUGGUGCUGGGAAGCAUGGGCAGCAGUGUUUACCAUUAAAUGGUGCUGGGAAGCAUGGGCAGCAGUGUUUACCAUUAAAUGGUGCUGGGAAGCAUGGGCAGCAGUGUUUACCAUUAAAUGGUGCUGGGAAGCAUGGGCAGCAGUGUUUACCAUUAAAUGGUGCUGGGAAGCAUGGGCAGCAGUGUUUACCAUUAAAUGGUGCUGGGAAGCAUGGGCAGCAGUGUUUACCAUUAAAUGGUGCUGGGAAGCAUGGGCAGCAGUGUUUACCAUUAAAUGGUGCUGGGAAGCAUGGGCAGCAGUGUUUACCAUUAAAUGGUGCUGGGAAGCAUGGGCAGCAGUGUUUACCAUUAAAUGGUGCUGGGAAGCAUGGGCAGCAGUGUUUACCAUUAAAUGGUGCUGGGAAGCAUGGGCAGCAGUGUUUACCAUUAAAUGGUGCUGGGAAGCAUGGGCAGCAGUGUUUACCAUUAAAUGGUGCUGGGAAGCAUGGGCAGCAGUGUUUACCAUUAAAUGGUGCUGGGAAGCAUGGGCAGCAGUGUUUACCAUUAAAUGGUGCUGGGAAGCAUGGGCAGCAGUGUUUACCAUUAAAUGGUGCUGGGAAGCAUGGGCAGCAGUGUUUACCAUUAAAUGGUGCUGGGAAGCAUGGGCAGCAGUGUUUACCAUUAAAUGGUGCUGGGAAGCAUGGGCAGCAGUGUUUACCAUUAAAUGGUGCUGGGAAGCAUGGGCAGCAGUGUUUACCAUUAAAUGGUGCUGGGAAGCAUGGGCAGCAGUGUUUACCAUUAAAUGGUGCUGGGAAGCAUGGGCAGCAGUGUUUACCAUUAAAUGGUGCUGGGAAGCAUGGGCAGCAGUGUUUACCAUUAAAUGGUGCUGGGAAGCAUGGGCAGCAGUGUUUACCAUUAAAUGGUGCUGGGAAGCAUGGGCAGCAGUGUUUACCAUUAAAUGGUGCUGGGAAGCAUGGGCAGCAGUGUUUACCAUUAAAUGGUGCUGGGAAGCAUGGGCAGCAGUGUUUACCAUUAAAUGGUGCUGGGAAGCAUGGGCAGCAGUGUUUACCAUUAAAUGGUGCUGGGAAGCAUGGGCAGCAGUGUUUACCAUUAAAUGGUGCUGGGAAGCAUGGGCAGCAGUGUUUACCAUUAAAUGGUGCUGGGAAGCAUGGGCAGCAGUGUUUACCAUUAAAUGGUGCUGGGAAGCAUGGGCAGCAGUGUUUACCAUUAAAUGGUGCUGGGAAGCAUGGGCAGCAGUGUUUACCAUUAAAUGGUGCUGGGAAGCAUGGGCAGCAGUGUUUACCAUUAAAUGGUGCUGGGAAGCAUGGGCAGCAGUGUUUACCAUUAAAUGGUGCUGGGAAGCAUGGGCAGCAGUGUUUACCAUUAAAUGGUGCUGGGAAGCAUGGGCAGCAGUGUUUACCAUUAAAUGGUGCUGGGAAGCAUGGGCAGCAGUGUUUACCAUUAAAUGGUGCUGGGAAGCAUGGGCAGCAGUGUUUACCAUUAAAUGGUGCUGGGAAGCAUGGGCAGCAGUGUUUACCAUUAAAUGGUGCUGGGAAGCAUGGGCAGCAGUGUUUACCAUUAAAUGGUGCUGGGAAGCAUGGGCAGCAGUGUUUACCAUUAAAUGGUGCUGGGAAGCAUGGGCAGCAGUGUUUACCAUUAAAUGGUGCUGGGAAGCAUGGGCAGCAGUGUUUACCAUUAAAUGGUGCUGGGAAGCAUGGGCAGCAGUGUUUACCAUUAAAUGGUGCUGGGAAGCAUGGGCAGCAGUGUUUACCAUUAAAUGGUGCUGGGAAGCAUGGGCAGCAGUGUUUACCAUUAAAUGGUGCUGGGAAGCAUGGGCAGCAGUGUUUACCAUUAAAUGGUGCUGGGAAGCAUGGGCAGCAGUGUUUACCAUUAAAUGGUGCUGGGAAGCAUGGGCAGCAGUGUUUACCAUUAAAUGGUGCUGGGAAGCAUGGGCAGCAGUGUUUACCAUUAAAUGGUGCUGGGAAGCAUGGGCAGCAGUGUUUACCAUUAAAUGGUGCUGGGAAGCAUGGGCAGCAGUGUUUACCAUUAAAUGGUGCUGGGAAGCAUGGGCAGCAGUGUUUACCAUUAAAUGGUGCUGGGAAGCAUGGGCAGCAGUGUUUACCAUUAAAUGGUGCUGGGAAGCAUGGGCAGCAGUGUUUACCAUUAAAUGGUGCUGGGAAGCAUGGGCAGCAGUGUUUACCAUUAAAUGGUGCUGGGAAGCAUGGGCAGCAGUGUUUACCAUUAAAUGGUGCUGGGAAGCAUGGGCAGCAGUGUUUACCAUUAAAUGGUGCUGGGAAGCAUGGGCAGCAGUGUUUACCAUUAAAUGGUGCUGGGAAGCAUGGGCAGCAGUGUUUACCAUUAAAUGGUGCUGGGAAGCAUGGGCAGCAGUGUUUACCAUUAAAUGGUGCUGGGAAGCAUGGGCAGCAGUGUUUACCAUUAAAUGGUGCUGGGAAGCAUGGGCAGCAGUGUUUACCAUUAAAUGGUGCUGGGAAGCAUGGGCAGCAGUGUUUACCAUUAAAUGGUGCUGGGAAGCAUGGGCAGCAGUGUUUACCAUUAAAUGGUGCUGGGAAGCAUGGGCAGCAGUGUUUACCAUUAAAUGGUGCUGGGAAGCAUGGGCAGCAGUGUUUACCAUUAAAUGGUGCUGGGAAGCAUGGGCAGCAGUGUUUACCAUUAAAUGGUGCUGGGAAGCAUGGGCAGCAGUGUUUACCAUUAAAUGGUGCUGGGAAGCAUGGGCAGCAGUGUUUACCAUUAAAUGGUGCUGGGAAGCAUGGGCAGCAGUGUUUACCAUUAAAUGGUGCUGGGAAGCAUGGGCAGCAGUGUUUACCAUUAAAUGGUGCUGGGAAGCAUGGGCAGCAGUGUUUACCAUUAAAUGGUGCUGGGAAGCAUGGGCAGCAGUGUUUACCAUUAAAUGGUGCUGGGAAGCAUGGGCAGCAGUGUUUACCAUUAAAUGGUGCUGGGAAGCAUGGGCAGCAGUGUUUACCAUUAAAUGGUGCUGGGAAGCAUGGGCAGCAGUGUUUACCAUUAAAUGGUGCUGGGAAGCAUGGGCAGCAGUGUUUACCAUUAAAUGGUGCUGGGAAGCAUGGGCAGCAGUGUUUACCAUUAAAUGGUGCUGGGAAGCAUGGGCAGCAGUGUUUACCAUUAAAUGGUGCUGGGAAGCAUGGGCAGCAGUGUUUACCAUUAAAUGGUGCUGGGAAGCAUGGGCAGCAGUGUUUACCAUUAAAUGGUGCUGGGAAGCAUGGGCAGCAGUGUUUACCAUUAAAUGGUGCUGGGAAGCAUGGGCAGCAGUGUUUACCAUUAAAUGGUGCUGGGAAGCAUGGGCAGCAGUGUUUACCAUUAAAUGGUGCUGGGAAGCAUGGGCAGCAGUGUUUACCAUUAAAUGGUGCUGGGAAGCAUGGGCAGCAGUGUUUACCAUUAAAUGGUGCUGGGAAGCAUGGGCAGCAGUGUUUACCAUUAAAUGGUGCUGGGAAGCAUGGGCAGCAGUGUUUACCAUUAAAUGGUGCUGGGAAGCAUGGGCAGCAGUGUUUACCAUUAAAUGGUGCUGGGAAGCAUGGGCAGCAGUGUUUACCAUUAAAUGGUGCUGGGAAGCAUGGGCAGCAGUGUUUACCAUUAAAUGGUGCUGGGAAGCAUGGGCAGCAGUGUUUACCAUUAAAUGGUGCUGGGAAGCAUGGGCAGCAGUGUUUACCAUUAAAUGGUGCUGGGAAGCAUGGGCAGCAGUGUUUACCAUUAAAUGGUGCUGGGAAGCAUGGGCAGCAGUGUUUACCAUUAAAUGGUGCUGGGAAGCAUGGGCAGCAGUGUUUACCAUUAAAUGGUGCUGGGAAGCAUGGGCAGCAGUGUUUACCAUUAAAUGGUGCUGGGAAGCAUGGGCAGCAGUGUUUACCAUUAAAUGGUGCUGGGAAGCAUGGGCAGCAGUGUUUACCAUUAAAUGGUGCUGGGAAGCAUGGGCAGCAGUGUUUACCAUUAAAUGGUGCUGGGAAGCAUGGGCAGCAGUGUUUACCAUUAAAUGGUGCUGGGAAGCAUGGGCAGCAGUGUUUACCAUUAAAUGGUGCUGGGAAGCAUGGGCAGCAGUGUUUACCAUUAAAUGGUGCUGGGAAGCAUGGGCAGCAGUGUUUACCAUUAAAUGGUGCUGGGAAGCAUGGGCAGCAGUGUUUACCAUUAAAUGGUGCUGGGAAGCAUGGGCAGCAGUGUUUACCAUUAAAUGGUGCUGGGAAGCAUGGGCAGCAGUGUUUACCAUUAAAUGGUGCUGGGAAGCAUGGGCAGCAGUGUUUACCAUUAAAUGGUGCUGGGAAGCAUGGGCAGCAGUGUUUACCAUUAAAUGGUGCUGGGAAGCAUGGGCAGCAGUGUUUACCAUUAAAUGGUGCUGGGAAGCAUGGGCAGCAGUGUUUACCAUAA